AUGCUCUGGCUGCGUCGAGGCACCAUCUUGGUGACGCUCUUCCUCCUCGUCUCCUUCAUCGCCUGGUUCGCACCGCGCGCGCUAAACCCGUCGCCGCCGAGCCCGGAGAAGCGAGCACGCGACAGCCUCUGGGUCAACAGCAGUCCCUACUUUUGGGACCGCCAAAUAUGUCGCUGGAUAAGCAUCUGCGGUUUGCUUCAUCUCAGGAAGGACCCGGCCGCCCUCCCGGCCCCCCUGAGCUCGAAAUCGGAUGUCGAGGACGACGAUGUGAGGAUGGAGCUUCGUCGCAGGUCCGACCUCGAACCUCCCUUAUCCUGGGAGGAUAUCGGGGACAGAUCCAAAGCUGGCGGCACCGGUGCAUCGCCCAAGCGACGGCGUCGUGUCGACGACAGGCGUGAUGCCCGUGAGAGACGCAAGCAGUUCAAGCCCGUCCCCGACUUCGUCCUUCGCUACGCGCCCCUCGUCCACUUGUACUCGGGCGAGCAGUUUUGGCCCUCCGACAUCCGCGAGCACGUUCAGCACAUGAACGUAAGCGUCGAGGGCGAGUUCCUCAACACCACCGACCGCUGGACUCUGGACAAUCUACAGAAGCUGAACGAGAACGACGGUGUCAUCGUGCUUCACAGUGCCGACGACGUCGAAACCCGACCCCAAUGGUUGCACAGCCAUUUCAACAGACCCAACCCCUUCCCGGACGACGGUGAGGAAAAGCCCACGGGAGACGAGGAGAAACCCGACAUGCGCAAGGAAACGACCAGCUGGUUUGAUGUUGGCAGAGACGAUCCCCUGCAUCGAAUCACUGCCCCUCGCUUCGGCAUGCACCAGCAGCGGCCCCGGUCCGAGAUGCCCCGCCUGUCCUCGCGCGGCCACAAGCCGGAUGCCAGCGGCUACUCCCGAGCCCCUGCUGUCCUUAUCCUCGUCGACAAGGGUUCCGGUAUCCUCGACGCCUUCUGGUUCUUCUUCUACUCCUACAAUCUUGGCCAGACGGUGCUGGGCAUUCGCUUUGGCAACCAUAUCGGCGACUGGGAACAUUCAAUGAUUCGCUUCGAGAACGGCGAGCCUCGCGGCAUCUUCUUCUCCGAACACGAGGGCGGACAAGCUUACGCUUGGGAUGCCGUCGGGAAGCGUGGCGAACGCCCCGUCAUAUACUCUGCUGUCGGCUCUCAUGCCAUGUACCCGCUGCCAGGCGAUCAUCCCUACGUGCUGCCGUUCCGCAUGUUGAAGGAUGUCACGGACAAGGGCCCCCUGUGGGACCCGGCCCUGAACAACUAUGCCUAUCACUACGACUACACCCGGGAGGACCCUCAAGACACGUGGGACCCCCUCGAUGGCGAGAUUAGCCAGAUACCGGAGCCCGAAGAUGAGUUGGCCGACAUACACUUCGCCGAGAACGUUGUCGAGAGGCACAACACCCGCGACACCCACAGCCUCGUCCCGGCUGCGUCUAACCCCAACGCGCCCACCUCGUGGUUUCACUUCAAGGGCCGCUGGGGUGACCAAGUCUACAGUCUCGCCGACAUCCGUCAAUGGCGCCUUUUCGGCCAAUACCACUAUGUCACUGGCCCCGCGGGGCCCAAGUUCAAAAGGCUCGACCGUGCGAAGAUGUGCCAGAGCUUAAAAUGCCGCAUUCUCUACAAGGUAGACCCCAAGAGAACGUGGUACUGA